AUGCUGACAGGGGCCUUCUUCCCUGACAUCACUAGAUUGAUUGGGCCCGCGUCUCGUGACUGUCUGAUAGAAGGUCUUGGCAACCACAGCAACCCCAUCACCUCCAACAGCAAUACUGCCAACAACGCCAUUGCUAAAGCUAAUACACCCGACCCUAAUCAUGUAUUCAAUCCAAAGAUUCAGAAUCCGUCGACACCAAGUCCAACCCCAAGUUCUCAACAGGAGGCAGUUGGUGUCGUUAUUCCUUCCCCGUCCAGGCAGCUGAGAAAGGAGAUUGAGAAAUCCGUUUGGGUCAAAGCGCCCCCUGUAACGCCAGAGAAGACUGCGCUUUCGACUGAGUAUUAUCCGAUUGAUGCUCAUGAAAAGCGUGCUCUCAGAGGCGCGUAUCCUAGCGCUCGAAAGGUCAAGCGUUCUGAGAUUCCCUUUAGCAUUGGAACGCCAGGCCCCAUUCUAGCAGAUAGAAUUCCUGUACAACGCCAAUUGCACGAGACCCUGCAGCGGAAGCUGUCAAAGAUCAAUGGCCCCCCCGUGACAUUUGCGCCAGGGGAGGAGGACCUGCUGGCGGUUUUUGCUUCAAACUUCGAGUUCGUUAAUUCCUAUAUCCUCCGCAAAGGUGUCUCACACAUCCCGGCGGACUUCAUCGCAGGCUGUGAUUGCAAGAAGAUCUGUGAUCCCGCGCGGUGCGGUUGCCUCGAGCAGGAUGAAGAGUCGAAAGAGAUUAUUGUGCCAUAUCAACGCGCACAAGACGACGCACGGCUCUUAGUCCUGACCCCGGACUUUCUCAAACGCACAGAUAUCAUUAUUGAAUGCAGCUCCAAAUGUACCUGUGAUGAGCGGAAAUGCUGGAAUCGAGUCGUGCAGCAUGGUCGUACGGUCCGUCUGGAAAUUUUCCACACAGGGAAUCGCGGCUUCGGUCUCCGUUCCCCGGACUGGAUCCGCGCGGGUCAAUUCAUCGACUGCUAUCUCGGCGAAGUGAUUACGAAACAAGAAGCCGACGUGCGCGAGGAGGUGGUUACGUCGCAGCACGGCCACUCCUAUCUCUUCGAGCUAGACUUCUUCCACAACGACGACGAGAUCUACGUUGUGGAUGGACAAAAGUUUGGCUCCCCCACGCGUUUCAUGAACCACUCGUGCAACCCCAACUGCAAGUUGUUCCCCGUCACCCGGACCUACGGUGACGAACGGCUGUACGACCUGGCCUUCUUUUCGCUGCACAAUAUCCCGCCCAACACCGAGCUGACGUUCGACUACAACCCCAACUGGGAGGAGGGCAAAAAGGUCGAUCCCAACGCUGUGCGCUGUCUCUGUGGGGAGAAGAACUGCCGCGGGCAGCUCUGGCCGAACCAGCGCAAGGGCACUAAGUGCUAG